UUUAUAGAUAGAGCCUAGAAAAUCUAGUAUAAAAGCUCUCAUCCUCCGGAGAUUGACAUUAGUUUUCUUCAGUUCUCUUCAGACGGAAUAACCAACCAACCAACUAUGAACGGCAAAGUAGUCUUGUCCCUCCUGAUGCUGGUAGCCGGGAUCAGCGCUCAGCGUGGCGCCCGGCCAGUUCCCCCCCAGCAGGGAGGAAGCCCUCUAGUGCCGCCAAGUCAACCCAAGCAGGGGUCCAAGGACGACGUGACUAUCGUCCACCAGGAGCAGGACAUUAGCCCUGAUGGCACUUUCUCUUCAUCUUGGGAAACAUCCGACGGAUCGACCUUCUCCGAGACCGGCGGCAUGAAGACCGUGGGAGAAAACGCCACUCAAACCCGCCAAGGAUCCGCUAGCUGGACUGCUCCCGAUGGAACCAAGAUCAACCUCUCCUGGACCGCCGACGAGAACGGAGUCGUCUUCGCUGGUGACCAUCUUCCAACCCCUCCACCCACUGAAGCUAUUCCUGAAGCUAUUCAGAGAUCUUUGGACUGGAUCGCCAAGAACCCGUCCCCUGACGCCAAAAGCCAAUAAGCUAGAGAUUUUUUUAUAAAUAUGUCUUCCAUAAAUUUAUUUUUUUAUGUUUUUUAUUAAUAUGCGUUCCAUGACUUGAUUUUGCAAUAAAAAAUUAUGUUAAAAAAAUUUU